CACGCCGCCUUUAAUUUUUGGUGUGUGGGAGGCGGCCAUGGAGGGAAGCAUGCGAUGCUCCGCCAACUACGUCCCUCUCUCUCCACUCAGUUUUCUCGAGCGCGCCGCCGUCGUCUACGCCGACCGGGCGGCCGUCGUCUAUGGCUCCACCGUGUAUACUUGGAGUCAGACCCGCGAUCGCUGCCUCCGCCUCGCGUCUGCCCUCACCAGCUUGGGGAUCUCUCGAGGCGACGUCGUUGCUGUACUUGCCGCAAACAUUCCAGCAAUGUAUGAAUUACAUUUCGGUGUCUCCAUGACUGGUGCGGUCCUCUGUACACUGAACACCCGGCAUGAUGCAGCCAUGGUCUCGAUCCUACUGAAGCAUUCAGAGGCAAAAGUUAUCUUCGUCGAUUCUCACCUUCUUGGGAUUGGCCAAGGGGCACUCAAAAUUCUCUUGGAAUCCAAUGUCAAGCCUCCUCUUCUGGUCAUAGUUGGAGAAUCCUAUAAUUCAGUUGCUGCAAUCCGAGGUCCCAUUGCUUCUGCCAAUAUGGAAUAUGAGACUCUCCUUAGGACUGCUUCUCCUUGCUUUGAGAUCAAAUGGCCUAUUGAUGAAUGUGACCCAAUCUCACUGAACUAUACUUCAGGCACUACAUCAAGACCGAAAGGUGUCAUCUACAGCCACCGAGGUGCGUACCUAAAUGCCAUUGCAACAAUCCUUAUCAAUGACAUCACUACAAUGCCAGUGUACUUGUGGACCGUGCCGAUGUUCCAUUGCAAUGGAUGGUGUCUUGCUUGGGGUAUGGCAGCUCAGGGAGGCACCAACAUCUGCCUCAGAAAUGUUACAGCAAGGGCAAUCUUUGAUAGCAUUGCCCUUCACAAGGUUACACACAUGGGCGGUGCUCCGGCGGUUCUCAACAUGAUUGUGAAUUCUCCGAUCACCGAACGAAAGCCACUUCCAGGCAAGGUAGGUGUGAUGACCGGUGCUGCUCCUCCACCACCCCAGGUUAUGUUCAAGCUGGAGGAGCUUGGUUUUAAUGUCACCCAUGCAUAUGGUCUCACAGAAACUUACGGCCCGGCGACUGUCUGCACCUGGAAGCCUGAAUGGGAUGCCUUGCUUCCCGAGGAACGCGCAAAGAUGAAGGCUCGUCAGGGACUUAACCAUAUCGGAAUUGAGGAGAUUGACAUCAAGGAUCCAAUCACUAUGAAGAGUGUUCCCGCUGAUGGGCAAACUAUUGGCGAGGUAAUGUUUCGCGGCAAUACAGUGAUGAAUGGUUACUAUAAAGAUUUGAGUGCAACGAAGGAGACAAUGGCAGGUGGAUGGUUUCGAUCAGGGGACCUUGCUGUCAGGCAUCCUGAUGGAUAUAUAAAGAUCAAGGAUCGGUCGAAGGACAUUAUAAUAUCAGGUGGUGAGAACAUAAGCACAAUUGAGGUUGAAUCAGUGCUCUUUAGUCACCCGGCGGUGCUCGAGGCAGCAGUAGUUGGGAGGCCAGACCACCAUUGGGGUGAGACACCCUGUGCUUUUGUGAAGCUGAAGGAGGGUGCUAGUGUUGCUGCUGAGGAUAUCAUAAAAUUCUGCCGCAGUCGGUUGCCUCACUAUAUGGCUCCCAAGACUGUUGUGUUUGAGGAUCUUCCGAAGACUUCGACAGGAAAGACACAGAAGUUCGUUCUUAGGGAGAAGGCUAAGGCCAUGGGAAGCCUUUCUAAGAAGGGUGGGAGCAAACUUUGACAUCCAAUGGAGGAUAAGGAAAUCUUUGUGAUGGUUUGUGAUCUUAUGUUGGGGCAAAUCUUGUCAUUGGACCUAUAUGAUGAUUUCUGUGUAAUGUCAUUGAUGUUCAUGGAUCAAAUGUAAACUGAAUUCUGAAUAUUAAAGUCAUUUCUAAACUGCUUAAAUACAGCAGUCUCUCUGGAAA